UUCAUCAUUUGAUAUGAAGCUAAAGCUACAGUAGGUAGAGACAUCAAAACGCGGACAGGCAAGAGGUGCCAAAUGUUUGUUGCAGUUCGUCCAAAAAUAAUUCGUUCAUUGGCGUUUCUUCAAGGCAGUUCUUCAGCUACCAGUAGAUUGGCAUUUUGGAUUAAAGUGCAGUCAAACUAUUAACUCAUUACGGAGUAUUGCAUCAUAUACCUUGAAAUACCCAAGGCACCCUGAACAAUUCCAAAUUGUACGUGAGAUUUCUGGCUUGCAAAACAAUCAAUUUUCAUUUUUGCCACUUCUUACAAGGGCAAUGGAGAGUGAAUGUGACAGUGAGACUCUGGACGUUGAAGAGAAAAUGAAAACCAUUUCAACUUGUAAGCCAAAAAGACAGAGAGAAAGGGAUUCAACUACAGGUUCUACCACGAGUCCUCCACCCAAAAAGUCUCAACAAAGUCUCAACAGCUCUUUUCAACCAUCUGAAGAAUAUUUACAUUCUACUACAGUUCCCUGUAAGGCAAGAGGUUUAUCUGAAUAUAGUGAAGGAAAGAGUGAACUUAAUGAUAGAUUAGUAGAGGGUAAUACACAUGAAUGUAACCAACUCAACUCAGAACCAGCAGUGGCUUGUUCAAACAUAACCAGCACAGGUACAAGCUCCUAUAACACUACACCUGAACAUCCUAGUGUUAAGGUUGCUGACACACGUUACCACAAGAUGCUAACAAGCCUCCCUGGGAUGAGUGGUUCAAACUUGUCACUGAGCAAGAGUGUGUCAGGAGAUAGUCUGGACCAAGAGUUUUCCUGGGGAGAAAGUGAAAAUAUUUCAUCAGGUGUCUUUGAGACCGAGUGUGAGUCAUUAACUAGUAGUCAGGUCCUUCCUGAUGGUGAAGCUAAAGAAAGCAAGACUCUUAUUGAUGCCGUUAAAAUUCUUGAUGGGACUGAAGAAAUUGUGUCCAGUACUAAAAAGGAUAAAAGGAAACGAACAAAAGAGCGAAAAAGGAAGAACUGGAAGAAGCAAGGAAAAAAAGCUGUGGACAGUGUUGAUGGAGAGGAGACUAAGAGCAAGAACGUGCGAGCUAACUACUUCUUGGCGAUACAGGUCACUAAUGCUGAUAUUCAUAAGGCAAUUGUCAAAGUUCAGGAAGACAUGAUGGCAUCUUAUGAGUUCCUGGCCAGAAGUUUUGUUGAUGUGGCCACCUCUCACCUCACACUUCUUGUUGCCCACAUAGACACAGAGGAGUCACUCACAGUUGCCCAGUCAGCAGUGGAGGAGUGCUGUAGCAGGGUGAUGGAGGAAGUUCGUGCCAAGCCAAUAUUGCUGACUUUCUCAGGAGUGAGCAAUUUUUCAAACCAGGUUGUUUUUGCACAGCUGGUAGAGGAUGAGGAGUACCACCGGCUGUUGAAGUUUGCAGAGUCUGUGCGGAAUGUGUUUUCAGAGAAGGGUGUGUGUAUGCCAGAUACAAAAGCUCUGAAUCCUCACCUCACAAUAUCAAAGUUAUCUAAAGCAUCACGUGUCAAAGGCAAGCCUACUACACGACGGAUAGACCCUUCAUGCUACAAGCAGCAUCUCGACCUUCAUUUUGGUUGUCAAACAGUGUGUGGCCUCCAGCUGUUGUCUAUGGAAAAAUCGAAGGAUGAGAAUCGUUAUUACUAUAAUGCCAAGGAAACAUCAUUUGGUAUUGAGUCUAAGGAAAAUACAGAUCAUUCACAGUGCUGCUUCCCUAGAAGACCACUUUUAAAGUCAAAACAACCCAAACACCAGCGGUCGUAUUCUACUGGAUCAGCAUCACCUCCAGAGGCCCCACAAAGUUGGCUGCUACCUACAGUUGGAGUAAUGACAGCGCUGGCUGCUGCUAUAGUGCUGAGUUUUAUUGCGAUCAAAGUUCGUGGUAAACCUUGAAGGGUUGUACGUUGCCUUUAUAAUUGUAAUUUACAGAAUUGUAAUUUGUCAGCUACGUAAAGGUUACCAGGCAACUGUUUGAAAUAUUACACCUAUAGGUUUGAAUUUAUUUUCAAAACUGUUUUGAUUGUGAUUACAAAUCUACCUGUUUUUUUAUAAUUAAAACAGUUGAUAAAAAUUUUUUCUUAACUUUGCUCUCCUGAAAUUUGUAAAACUUAGAUAUCCAAGCCCUAAAUAGCAAUGUACCGGUAGAUAUUAAAGCAGUCGUUGUUU